AUGGGUCCCAACGGCACCGAAGACUUCUCUUCCAGCAACGCCACCUGCCCCUCUCCGGAAGGGGAUCUGGACUACAACUUCGCCGCCUUGGUCUUCGGCGUCUUCCUCAUCCUCUUCAUCAUCAGCGGGAACUUGCUGGUUUGCCUCAGCGUCUGCACGGAGAAGGCGCUGAAGACCACCACCAAUUAUUUCAUCGUCAGCUUAGCCGUGGCAGACCUGCUCUUGGCCAUCCUGGUGUUACCUCUCUAUGUCUAUUCAGAGUUCCAGGGAGGAGUGUGGUCCUUGAGCACAGUCCUGUGCGAUGCCUUGAUGACUAUGGAUGUGAUGCUGUGCACGGCCUCCAUUUUCAACCUCUGCGCCAUCAGUGUGGAUCGGUUCAUUGCCGUCUCCAUUCCACUGAACUACAACCGGCGGCAAAUUGACCUCCGGCAGAUGAUCCUCAUCUCCACCACCUGGAUCUUUGCUUUCGCUGUGGCCUCCCCAGUCAUCUUCGGCCUCAACAACGUUCCACACCGGGACCCCACUUUGUGUCAGCUGGAGGAUAACAACUAUAUUGUGUAUUCUUCCAUCUGCUCCUUCUUCAUCCCUUGCCCCGUCAUGCUGGUUCUGUAUUGUGCCAUGUUCCAGGGACUUCGGCGUUGGGAGGAGGCCCGGAAGGCCAAGCUCAAGAGCAGCAUCUACUUGGGCAACAGGCGGCUGUACUGUCCACCCCCCGUCAUUGAGAGGAACCUGGCGGAGAACAAGCUGGAGGAACACAGUCUGUAUGCCCACUCCGACUGCUCAUUUCCCAGGGAAUACAUGAACAAUGGCAUUCAGACGGUGUCCUACCCACACCUCAGAUAUCCAGCACAUGGAGGACUCCAAAGGAAACAUGCUAAAAUCAAUGGCAGGGAAAGAAAGGCUAUGAAGGUGCUUCCUGUUGUGGUUGGUGCUUUCCUUUUCUGCUGGACUCCUUUCUUUGUGGUACACAUAACCAGAGCACUGUGUGACUCCUGCUCCAUUCCCAGUGAAGUCACCAGCAUCGUCACAUGGCUGGGCUAUGUCAACAGCGCCCUCAACCCUAUUAUCUACACUGUCUUCAACACCGAGUUUAGAAACUACUUCCGUAAAGUUUUGCACAUCUUCUGCUAACCUUGCUGGACUCUAAAUAUAGAACUGGACUCUGAAUAUGGAACAGUGAA